AUGACAGAUGAAGAAAAUUGCUUCUUUGAAGGAAUAGGUAUUGAUCAGGACCGUGUUGUUGAUGAUGAGCAUUAUGUGGUCAAUGAACUUUGUUGUGCUAUUUGUCAAGGCCUUUUAUGGAAGCCAAGAUCAUGUGCUUCUUGUCAACAUUUAUUUUGUAAUCAAUGUAUUCGAAUAUGGCUGAAGUUAAAUCCAAUUUCAUGUCCCUUUCGUUGUUCUCCAUAUGAAGAAAAACGUGCACCACCACAUAUUCAUUCUCUCUUGGGUCGUUUAUCCAUUCGUUGCCGUAACAGUUCAUUUGGUUGUACAAAAAUUCUAUCCUACGAUUUAUUGGAACAACAUGAAACUGAAGAAUGUCAGUUUUCAACUAAACAAUGCAACAUAUGUAGAAAAUAUAUAUUAAUAAGUGAAAUUGAUCAACAUCAAAUGUUUUGCAUGCCUACAACGAUUCAAUGUUCUAUUUGCAAAUGUCACGUAGACCGAACUGUAUAUCGACAACAUACAAUCAAAUGUUGCAUAGAAAGAUUAGAUCGCUUAAUUGAACAGAUGAUGCCAUCACCAGAUGAUUUUGAAAUACCUGAGAACAAUACAUUUACUUUUCCACAGGAACUUGGCAAUGCAACAGGAUUCACUCAAUUAAAUAAUGGAUUACAACGAUUUUUAUCUCUGAUGCCUAAAAUGGCAUUUUCAUUAUCAACUAAAUCUAUUGGAAAAGGAUCACGAUCUAAUAGUACUAUCCGUACAGCAAUAGCACGUGAUUAUGAUCGAAAAAAAUUGGCAACAAAACUUGAAGUUAAACUUGAAAGAGAUUAUGAUACACUUGAACGUAAAAUGAUGUCACGUGCUAAAUGGAAUCAACGUGCUGAAAAUAAUAAUCUACGUUCAAAUCCAACAACUAAUCAUAAUAAUAAUCAAGAUCGUUCAACAAUAUCUCUCGAACAUUAUAUACAACGAGAAAAAAUAAAACAAGAAAAUAUUAUUAAUGCAAAACGUAUGGGUAAUGAAAGAAUUCGACGCUCUUCAGUAAACACUUUACCAAAAGUUUAA